ACUAACUGUGCACUGGUUCUUUGCUCAGUUCGACGGCGUGUGCGUCUGUCCUCAAGUACGAGUGGAGCUUCGCUUAGUUACAGUUGGAUGCCGCAUGGAAUCGGGUUUCCCUUGUGAGCGGAAAUCUCAUUUUUAUGAAGUCUUUUUUUUUUUUUUUUUUUUUUACGGGGCAGCGAGUGCGUUUUCAGCGAGCGCAUGAACUAGUUGCGGACAUUUACGAGACGAUCCAAAGGUGAAGAUUAGCACCGAGACGCGCUCGCAUUCGGGAGUGCAGAAACCCCUCAUGAAUUUCGUCGGCGACUUCGACUUGAUGAAGUUGGGCGUGAAAAAGGAGACGAUGCAGGCGAUAGAGCGCUCCCUCCUGGGGCCGUGCAACCAGCUCCACAGACCCGACUCGGUGUCCUCCACCCCCGGGAGCACACCUGCCAACUCGAUGCCCUCCUCGCCGAACCUCCCCCCAAACGAGCUGCGAAAUAACCCCGAGGACCCGUUUUGGAUAGCUAACAACGGCGGUUACCCUCACCCGCAAAUGUAUCCCCAAGCUUUUGGGCUGACCCCCGAGGACGCAGUCGAAGCGCUCAUCGGGGCCACAACGCAGCAGGGCCAUCCGCAGCCACCCUUCCCGGUUGAGUACGAAGGCUACAACCAGCUCGGCGAGACUGCGCAUCACUACUCGGAGCUCUCGGCGCCCCCGCAAAUGCUCCCGGGCAGCCACUGCCAAGACCCCUAUCUCAAGAACGACAUGGGCGGCGCCUCCCCAAAGUCUCCUGAGCAGGUCAGCGGGGCGCACCAUACCCAUGCCCACCUUCAGGGGCAGCACAGGCGAAACAACGCCGAGUACCACUUCUCAGACGACCAGCUGGUGUCCAUGUCGGUCAGGGAGCUCAAUCGGCUCCUCCGGGGCCUCAGUAAGGACGAAGUCAUGCGCCUCAAGCAGAAGCGGCGAACCCUGAAAAACCGAGGCUACGCACAAUCGUGCCGCUACAAGCGCGUCCAGCAGAAACACGUCUUGGAGCACGAGAAGACCAGCCUGGUGUCCCAGGUCGAGCAGCUCAAGCACGAACUGAACAGGCUGGUCCGGGAGAGGGAUGCGUACAAACUUAAAUGCGAGAAACUGUCCGGUGCAAACUGUUACCACGAAACCGGCUCAACCAGUGACAACCCUUCCUCGCCCGAGUAUUUAAUGUGAGGUGUCGAUUCUCCGCAAGAACCGAACUGUCGCUACUUUUCAAUAACCAGCAGGCAACUUUGCUUUGUAAACAAUCACUUCUUCCUCGUUUAAUUCAUGUAAGACUGAAAUAUAGCAAAUGAUAGUAGAGCGAUUCAACAAGUGGUGAAUGAAGACGCCCAAUGAGACAUGCAUGCAGGACAUGUGUGAGCAGUUUAUAGAGACAUAUCUGCAUUUUGUGUGAAAUUACGUCAUUGAAAUCACCCCCUGCAGUUUCUUUUGAUUCAUUUUAUUUCAUUUAUAUAUAUAUAUAUAUAUAUAUAUAUAUAUAUAUCCCAAAAAAUUUGUUUGGUUUAGAUUUUUUUAAUUACCACUUCUUUUGAGUUUCUGUUUAUUAAAAUACUCAUUGAAGACAAUGAUGCUAGUUUUCUCUGCAGCAUUAUUUUUUACUGAGCUGAUUCUGCUGGGCAGACGUCUUCUUUACUUGCUUGUCUUUUUUUCUUUCUUUUUUUAAAGAAAACACAAUUAUGCAAAUUGUUUUUGUUCUUCGAGUACAGUACUGUGGAUCAAUAAAACUAUUGUGACUUUUUAUAUAUCAUCUCA